UUGAAGAAGAGGUGAAAGUAGCAACAGCCAAGGUGUCGUUUCUCCAAGGAUUAUACCAGGAGCAUGACGAACUUCUAGGCGCGGCGCUGGGAGAUUCGUACGGUAGCGAGGAAGAGCGGCGACUAGAGAUGGAGUUGGACAAGAUGCGUGGCUACCGGGACGCCCUGGCGAGUAGCGAGCUGGAGUGGAGGGGAGGGGCCUCUCUUGCUCACUCGGCACUGCAGCUGAUGGACCGUGCCGUGCAGAGCUGGAACAAGGCCCAGUCCCAGACAGGAGACAGCCGGUUCCAUCUGGCGACGGAGGUGAGGAACUGCAUGCAAGAGGCGGCGCUAAACGUGCGACUGGCUCAGGUGCUGCUGCCUAGUGUCGAGUUUCCUCACUGCACCGCCAGGCAGACCACCAUGAUGCUGCAGGUGGUGGUGUAUCUGAUGACCGACAUGCAGGACUCUGAGAGAAGCGACCAGACACUACGUGUUCUCUCCUCGUACCGCGACAGCGCCAACUUGUUGCACAAAUGGCUCCAUGAGACCGUGGACUCCAGCCUGAUGCCGGCACUGAGCGAGGCUCAGGCGCAGCUGGUCUCCCUAGCUGAGCGUCUCCACCACCUGAGGCUUGCGCUUAUUAGGGCUCAGAUGUCACCAGGAGAUCUGGAACUGUUCGAGAGGUUGUUAUCGAGGAAGUCACUGGGCAGUAUAACAAUGGACGAUGUACAAAAAGAGCAUCAGGCUGCCGGCGCAAGGCGACUUGACCACGAGCUGUUGUUCCGCUCGUGCAAGACGCUGGUGGUGCCCCAGCCCGACGCAGCACUGCAGCAGCUGUGACGCAGCUGUGACGCAGCUGUGACCACGAUGCGGCAGUUAAUACUGCAAGGACUGCUUCAUCUCAAGAUGUGGCGUCUGCACAGUAGCCACUCGCAGCUACACAGUGUGUCGCCUUAGUAGUAUAGACUGCUUGUUUUUAUUUUGUUUAUUUGUUGUUUAUCUUUAUUUUUAUCCCUAGUUAUAAUAUACAUGGAACUAUUAACUUUAUAAAACUGUUCCUUACUAUUUUACACUUCUUAGUUUUGAGUAGAGCAAAAUGGCAAAAUUAUGGUUGAUAUUUUUAUAUGUUUGUUAAUGACAUUCCACAUAUUUUCAUAUAAAAUACCAAAGUGGGCUCCAAAUACUACACACUAUACUAUACACUACACUAUAUAACACAAAUUUUUUUCUUUUUAAAACAUUCUUCAAUUCUUUCGCCCAAAAAUUUACUAACAGCGAACUGACACUACUAUAAAUCUAAAAACCUACUAAAAUAACAAUACUACAAA